AUGCCACCGUUAUUGUCACACCCCCGAGGUGAGGGGGAGGGAGAGGAUAAGAGAGAGGACGUGGGAGAGGAGGAGAGGGAGGAGGGAGGAGGAACGGUGGGAGCGAAGGGGAUGGAGCGUAGCAGAGAGGAUGUGAGAGAGAAGGGAGAGGAGGGGAGAGAGUAUGGGAGAGAGGAGGGCAGAGAGGAGGGGAGAGAAGAGGGAAGCGAGGAGAGGAGAGACGAAAGGGGAGAGGAGGGGAGAGAGAAGAAUGAGGAGGAGAUAGGUCAGGAAGGUGCUGCAAUGUUAGAGGAGGGGGGUGAUAUGGGGGGACGAGAGGGAGCCGGAAGGCAUAUACAUGUGGAAGGUGGGAAAGAUGAGGAAGUUGGGAAAGAUGUGAAGAUGUGGGUGGACGGUGCAGCAAUCACAGAGGAAGGGUGUGAUAUGAGGGGGAGAGGGGUAGGAGGAAGGCGUAUGCAUAUGGAAGGUGGGAAUGGUGAGGAAGGUGGAAAAGAUGAAGAAAAUGGGAAAGAUAGGAUAGAUGUGUGUGUGAGAGGGGGCGGUGGUGUGUACAUAGAAGUGCAUCAUCCACUGCCAGUGCUGGCUGUGCACGUGUGGGCGGAUAACAACCCCUCUAACGGCCCUUCCUGGGGCAGCGGGCCCUCAUCAGAGGUGCAUGCAGAUGCGCAAUUGGGUGGUGCGCUGCAGUCGGAUUCAGCAUUUGGAAGCCCGCGUGUAGAUGGAGGAAGAGGAGGAGGAGGAGGAGGAGGAGGAGGAGGAGGAGGAGGAGGAGGAGGAGGAGGAGGAGGAGGAGGAGGAGGAGGAGGAGGAGGAGGAGGAGGAGGAGGAGGAGGAGGAGGAGAAGGAGGAGGAACGCGCAUCGCAGUGUGUUUGGGGAAGGAGGAGGAGGAGGAGGAGCGGAAGGUAGUGGUGUAUGAAGUAACGAGCACUGGGAGGAGUGGUGUAGAAGGCUGUGAUGUGGGAAGGAGUGGUUUGGCAGGGAGCGGUGUGGCAGGGAAAAGGCCACACGAAGCAGCAGGAAAUGCGGCUGGAAAUGCGGGAGGAAAUGCGGGAGGAAAUGCGGGAGGAAAUGCGGGAGGAAAUGCGGGAGGAAAUGCGGGAGGAAAUGCAGGAGGAAAUGCGGCUGGAAAUGCGGGAGGAAAUGCAGGAGGAAAUGCGGCUGGAAAUGCGGGAGGAAAUGCAGGAGGAAAUGCGGCUGGAAAUGCGGCUGGAAAUGCGGGAGGAAAUGCGGGAGGAAAUGCAGGAAGACCAGGGCUAGGAACGCUUCAAGAAGCAGCGAGACAUGGGGCUCCGUGGUUCAGGCUGGUGGGAAGCUUUGGUGUGAAAGUCGACUAUGCAGAAGCACGGACGGAGAUUUCCUUCCUGCAGCUGUUCCCCGAGCGCCACACAAGCAAGCCACACAAACAAUGGCCUUUUCUGCGAGUUUUGAGUCGACUCAAAACUCGACUCUCCGCCUGCUCUCCCCUUCAUAAGAUUUCCUUGCCUGCAGCUGUUCCCCGAGCGCCACACGAGCAAUGGCCUCUCCUGCGGUUCCUGCCUCUACUCUCGUUUCCUGCCUCUACUCUCGUUUCCUGCCUCUACUCUCUUUUCCUGCCUCUCCUGCAGUUCCUGCCUCUACUCUCGUUUCCUGCCUCUACUCUCGUUUCCUGCCUCUACUCUCGUUUCCUGCCUCUACUCUCUUUUCCUGCCUCUACUCUCGUUUUCUGCCUCUACUCUCGUUUCCUGCCUCUACUCUCUUUUCCUGCCUCUACUCUCGUUUCCUGCCUCUACUCUCUUUUCCUGCCUCUACUCUCUUUUCCUGCCUCUACUCUCUUUUCCUGCCUCUACUCUCGUUUCCUGCCGCUACUCUCUUUUCCUGCCUCUACUCUCUUUUCCUGCCUCUACUCUCUUUUCCUGCCUCUACUCUCUUUUCCUGCCGCUACUCUCCUUUCCUGCCUCUACUCUCUUUUCCUGCCUCUACUCUCUUUUCCUGCCUCUACUCUCUUUUCCUGCCUCUACUCUCGUUUCCUGCCGCUACUCUCUUUUCCUGCCGCUACUCUCUUUUCCUGCCUCACUAACCCAUCGCUGGGCGUCGAGCCAUGGCCUUCUCUUCCUGCGGCACCUGCCUCUAUCUCGCUAACUGCUUCACUCUCUGCCCCCGUGUUCCCCGAGCGCCAAGCCAUGGCCUUCUCGCCCUGCGGCACCUGCCUCUAUCUCGCUAACUGCUUCACUCUCUGCCCCCUUCCUUCUUCAUAUCACCCUUUCAGGUGUUCCCCGAGCGCCAAGCCAUGGCCUUCUCGCCCUGCGGCACCUGCCUCUAUCUCGCUAACUGCUUCACUCUCUGCCCCCGUGUUCCCCGAGCGCCAAGCCAUGGCCUUCUCGCCCUGCGGCACCUGCCUCUAUCUCGCUAACUGCUUCACUCUCUGCCCCCUUCCUUCUUCAUAUCACCCUUUCAGGUGUUCCCCGAGCGCCAAGCCAUGGCCUUCUCGCCCUGCGGCACCUGCCUCUAUCUCGCUAACUGCUUCACUCUCUGCCCCCGUGUUCCCCGAGCGCCAAGCCAUGGCCUUCUCGCCCUGCGGCACCUGCCUCUAUCUCGCUAACUGCUUCACUCUCUGCCCCCUUCCUUCUUCAUAUCACCCUUUCAGGUGUUCCCCGAGCGCCAAGCCAUGGCCUUCUCGCCCUGCGGGAUCUGCCUCUAUCUCGCUAACUGCUUCACUCUCUGACCCCUUCCUUCUUCAUAUCACCCUUUCAGGUGUUCGCCGAGCGCCAAGCCAUGGCCUUCUCGCCCUGCGGCACCUGCCUCUGCUCUCCCUUCUCCUCCUCAGCUCAGUAACCCAGCCCUGCCCUAGACCCCCCUCCUCCCGUCCCGUCACACCACCCUCUGGCAGGUGUUCCCUGAGCGCCAAGCCAUGGCCUUCUCUCCCUGCCGGUGCUGGUAACAUGGUAACCCAGCCCUGCCCUACACCCCCCUCCUCCCGUCACAUCACUCUCCACCAGGUGUUUCCCGAGCGCCAAGCCAUGGCCUUCUCGCCCUGCGGCACCUGCCUCUACCUCGCUAAUUGCUUCACCCUCUGCCAACCCAGCGCCUCGACCGCUGCUGCCCUCCGUUCGCCCCCUUCACUAUCUACCUGCCUUCCACCGUUCCCCUCCCUCUCAAGCCUCUCACCGGCGGUUCCCAAGUGCCCACAGAUGUGGGCUGUGGUGGUGGUGAGGAGGGGGAGGAACGACGGUGGGAAGGGCGUGGAAGAUGAAACGAGUGGGGGGAAGGAGAUGGGGAGGGGUGUGGAAGGGAAGGGUAGGGAGGGAGGAGGCAUGGAGGGAGGAGGCAUGGAGGGAGGAGGCAUGGAGGGAGGAGGCAUGGAGGGAGGAGGCAUGGAGGGAGGAGGCAUGGAGGGAGGAGGCAUGGAGGGAGGAGGCAUGGAGGGAGGAGGCAUGGAGGGAGGAGGCAUGGAGGGAGGAGGCACGGAGGGAGGAGGAGAGUGGGUGGUGGUGGCAGCAGGGGACGGUGGUGCUGCUUGCUGCUGGGUGAUGGACAAGUAUCGAAGAUACCACCUCCCCCCGGCCUGCUACAGGAGCCACCCCUUCCACCAAGUCAUCUCCCUGGCUGCUGUGCCGCACCGGCCUGGAUGGGUUCUGGGGUGCUCCUACGGCGGUUCUGUUGCUCUUUGGUGA